AUGCCGAGGGCCUCCCGGGGCUCUGACCCCAUGCUUCCCACACUCAGUCACGAUGUCCUGCACCGCCCAAGGCGCCCAGGUGCGGGCUACACUCUGGCAGGCUCACCCAGGCCCCUGCACGUCUCGUGGACACAGCAGAUGAGUGGCAGCCUCGAGGGGCCAACGCUGAAACGGCGUGGUGGCGUGGUGGACCACCGGGAUGUCAUCUUGGCCCACCAGGCGCACAAAAUGCAUAGCACCCCUCAGGCCAGAAGGAAAGAAUGGGAAGGACAGAAUGCUAGGCACAAAGCCUCUGGUGGUCUGCUCCUUAACCCCCACACUCCCUUCGAGUACAUGAUCCUGGCCACCAUCAUUGCCAACUGCAUCGUCCUGGCCCUGGAGCAGCACCUCCCUGAUGACGACAAGACACCCAUGUCCGAGCGACUGGAUGACACGGAACCAUACUUCAUCGGAAUCUUCUGUUUCGAGGCUGGAAUUAAGAUCGUGGCUCUCGGCUUUGCCUUCCACAAAGGCUCCUACCUGAGGAACGGCUGGAAUGUCAUGGACUUUGUCGUGGUGCUAACAGGCAUCUUGGCCACUGUCGGGACGGAGUUUGACCUACGGACACUGAGGGCGGUUCGUGUGCUGCGGCCACUCAAGCUGGUGUCUGGAAUCCCAAGUUUACAAGUCGUCCUGAAGUCAAUCAUGAAGGCGAUGAUCCCUCUGCUGCAGAUUGGCCUACUCCUGUUUUUUGCAAUCCUUAUUUUUGCAAUCAUAGGGUUAGAAUUUUAUAUGGGAAAAUUUCAUACCACCUGCUUUGAAGAGGGGACAGACGACAUCCAGGGUGAGUCGCCAGCUCCGUGUGGGACAGAGGAACCCGCCCGCACCUGCCCCAACGGGACCAAAUGUCAGCCGUACUGGGAAGGGCCGAACAACGGCAUCACUCAGUUCGACAACAUACUGUUCGCUGUGCUCACUGUUUUCCAGUGUAUCACCAUGGAAGGCUGGACUGAUCUCCUCUACAAUAGCAACGAUGCCUCAGGGAACACUUGGAACUGGUUGUACUUCAUCCCCCUCAUCAUCAUCGGCUCCUUUUUUAUGCUGAACCUUGUGCUGGGUGUGCUGUCUGGAGAGUUUGCCAAAGAAAGGGAACGUGUGGAGAACCGGAGGGCUUUUUUGAAGCUCAGGAGACAACAGCAGAUUGAGCGUGAGCUCAAUGGAUACAUGGAGUGGAUCUCAAAAGCAGAAGAGGUGAUCCUCGCGGAGGACGAGACAGACGUGGAGCAGAGACACCCUUUUGAUGCUCUGCGGAGAGCUACCCUGAAGAAAAGCAAGACGGACCUGCUCAACCCUGAGGAGGCCGAGGACCAGCUGGCUGACAUCGCGUCUGUGGGGUCUCCCUUCGCCAGAGCCAGCAUUAAAAGUGCCAAGCUGGAGAACUCAACUUUUUUUCACAAAAAGGAGAGAAGGAUGCGUUUCUACAUCCGCCGCAUGGUCAAAACUCAGGCCUUCUACUGGACCGUGCUCAGUCUGGUAGCCCUCAACACGCUGUGCGUCGCCAUCGUCCACUACAACCAGCCGGAGUGGCUCUCGGACUUCCUCUACUAUGCAGAAUUCAUUUUCUUAGGACUCUUUAUGUCCGAAAUGUUUAUAAAAAUGUACGGGCUCGGGACGCGGCCUUACUUCCACUCUUCCUUCAACUGCUUUGACUGUGGGGUCAUCAUUGGGAGCAUCUUUGAAGUCAUCUGGGCCGUCAUAAAACCUGGCACAUCUUUUGGAAUCAGCGUGUUACGAGCUCUCAGGUUAUUGCGUAUUUUCAAAGUCACAAAGUACUGGGCAUCUCUCAGAAACCUGGUUGUCUCUCUUCUCAACUCCAUGAAGUCCAUCAUAAGUCUGUUGUUCCUCCUCUUCCUGUUCAUCGUUGUCUUUGCCCUCUUGGGGAUGCAGCUCUUUGGUGGCCAGUUUAAUUUUGAUGAGGGGACUCCUCCCACCAACUUCGACACUUUCCCAGCAGCAAUAAUGACUGUGUUUCAGAUCCUGACGGGCGAGGAUUGGAAUGAGGUCAUGUAUGAUGGGAUCAAGUCUCAGGGGGGCGUGCAGGGCGGCAUGGUGUUCUCCAUCUACUUCAUCGUCCUCACCCUCUUCGGGAACUACACCCUGCUGAAUGUGUUCUUGGCUAUCGCAGUGGACAAUCUGGCCAAUGCCCAGGAGCUCACCAAGGAUGAACAAGAAGAGGAGGAGGCAGCCAACCAGAAACUGGCACUACAAAAAGCCAAGGAGGUAGCAGAAGUGAGUCCCCUGUCUGCGGCCAACAUGUCUGUAGCUGUGAAGGAGCAGCAGAAGAACCAGAAGCCCGCCAAGUCGGUGUGGGAGCAGCGCACCAGCGAGAUGCGCAAGCAGAACCUGCUGGCCAGCCGCGAGGCGCUGUAUGGGGACGCGGCUGAGCGCUGGCCCACCCCCUACGCGCGCCCGCUGCGGCCGGACGUCAAGACGCACCUGGACCGGCCGCUCGUGGUGGACCCGCAGGAGAACCGCAACAACAAUACCAACAAGAGCCGCGCGCCCGACGCGCUGCGCACGACCGCGCGACCCCGCGAGAGCGCGCGCGACCCCGACGCGCGGCGCGCCUGGGCCGGAAGCCCUGAGCGCGCGCCUGGCCGGGAGGGCCCGUAUGGCCGCGAGAGUGAGCCGCAGCAGCGCGAGCACGCGCCGCCCCGCGAACACGCGCCCUGGGACGCGGACGCCGAGCGCGCCAAGGCCGGGGACGCGCCCCGCCGCCACGCGCACCGGCCUGGGGCGGACGGAGAGCCUCGCCGCCACCGUGCGCGCCGCCGGCCCGGGGACGAACCCGAAGACAGGCCGGAGCGCAGGCCGCGUCCCCGCGAUGCCGCCAGGCCGGCCCGCGCUGCAGAUGGCGACGGCGACGAUGGGGAGCGCAGGCGGCGACAUCGACAUGGGCCGCCCGCCCACGACGACAGGGAACGCAGGCACCGGCGCAGGAAAGAGAACCAGGGCUCCGGGGUCCCCAUGUCUGGUCCCAACCUGUCCACCACCAGGCCAAUCCAGCAGGACCUGGGCCGCCAGGACCUGCCACUGGCUGAGGACCUUGACAACAUGAAGAAUAACAAGUUGGCCACUGGGGAGCCUGCAAGUCCCCACGACAGCCUGGGCCACAGUGGCCUUCCCCCAAGCCCCACCAAGAUCGGGAACAGCACCAACCCUGGUCCCACCUUGGCCACCAACCCCCAGAACGCUGCCAGCCGCAGGACGCCCAACAACCCAGGCAACCCGUCCAACCCCGGCCCCCCCAAGACCCCCGAGAACAGCCUUAUCGUCACCAACCCCAGCAGCACCCAGCCCAACUCAGCGAAGACUGCCAGGAAACCCGAGCACAUGGCGGUGGAGAUCCCCCCGGCCUGCCCGCCCCUCAACCACACUGUGGUCCAAGUGAACAAAAACGCCAACCCAGACCCACUGCCAAAGAAGGAGGAGGAGAAGAAGGAGGAGGAGGAGGCAGACCCCGGGGAGGACGGCCCCAAACCCAUGCCACCGUACAGCUCCAUGUUCAUCCUCUCCACCACUAACCCCCUUCGCCGGCUGUGCCAUUACAUCCUGAACCUGCGCUACUUCGAGAUGUGCAUCCUCAUGGUCAUUGCCAUGAGCAGCAUAGCGCUGGCCGCUGAGGACCCUGUGCAGCCCAAUGCGCCCCGCAACAACGUGCUGCGGUAUUUUGACUAUGUUUUUACGGGCGUGUUUACCUUUGAGAUGGUGAUCAAGAUGAUCGACCUGGGCCUCGUCUUACAUCAGGGGGCCUACUUUCGUGAUCUGUGGAACAUUCUGGACUUCAUAGUGGUCAGUGGGGCCCUGGUGGCCUUUGCCUUCACUGGCAACAGCAAAGGAAAAGACAUCAACACCAUUAAGUCUCUCCGAGUCCUCCGGGUGCUACGACCUCUAAAGACCAUCAAGCGGCUGCCGAAGCUGAAGGCUGUGUUUGACUGUGUGGUGAACUCACUCAAGAAUGUCUUCAACAUCCUCAUCGUCUACAUGCUGUUCAUGUUCAUCUUCGCCGUGGUAGCUGUGCAGCUCUUCAAGGGCAAGUUCUUCCACUGCACAGAUGAGUCCAAGGAAUUCGAGAGAGACUGUCGAGGCAAGUACCUCCUGUACGAGAAGAACGAGGUGAAGGCCCGGGACCGCGAGUGGAAGAAGUACGAGUUCCACUAUGACAACGUGCUCUGGGCCCUGCUCACACUCUUCACCGUGUCCACGGGCGAGGGCUGGCCGCAGGUCCUCAAGCAUUCAGUGGAUGCUACUUUUGAGAACCAGGGCCCCAGCCCCGGGUACCGCAUGGAGAUGUCCAUCUUCUACGUGGUGUACUUUGUAGUGUUUCCCUUCUUCUUUGUCAACAUCUUUGUGGCCUUGAUCAUCAUCACCUUUCAGGAGCAGGGAGACAAGAUGAUGGAGGAGUACAGCCUGGAGAAAAAUGAGAGGGCCUGCAUCGACUUUGCCAUCAGUGCCAAGCCGCUGACCAGGCACAUGCCCCAGAACAAGCAGAGCUUCCAGUACCGGAUGUGGCAGUUCGUGGUGUCCCCACCCUUCGAGUACACCAUCAUGGCCAUGAUCGCUCUCAACACCAUCGUGCUGAUGAUGAAGUUCUAUGGAGCCUCUGUGGCCUAUGAAAACGCCCUCCGAGUGUUCAACAUCGUCUUUACCUCCCUCUUCUCUCUCGAGUGUGUGCUGAAAGUCAUGGCCUUUGGGAUUUUGAAUUAUUUCCGCGAUGCCUGGAACAUCUUCGACUUUGUGACUGUUCUGGGCAGCAUCACAGACAUCCUCGUCACCGAGUUUGGGAAUAACUUCAUCAACCUGAGCUUUCUCCGCCUCUUCCGUGCCGCCCGACUCAUCAAACUCCUCCGGCAGGGUUACACCAUCCGCAUUCUCCUCUGGACCUUCGUGCAAUCCUUCAAGGCCCUACCAUAUGUCUGUCUGCUGAUCGCCAUGCUCUUCUUCAUCUAUGCCAUCAUCGGGAUGCAGGUGUUUGGCAACAUCGGCAUUGAUGGGGAAGACGAGGACAGUGACGAGGAUGAGUUCCAAAUUACUGAGCACAAUAAUUUCCGGACCUUCUUCCAGGCGCUCAUGCUUCUCUUCCGGAGCGCCACAGGAGAAGCGUGGCACAACAUCAUGCUCUCCUGUCUCAGUGGGAAGCCGUGUGAUAAGAACUCUGGGAUCCUCACAGCCGACUGUGGCAAUGAGUUUGCAUACUUCUACUUCGUCUCCUUCAUCUUCCUUUGCUCGUUUCUGAUGCUGAAUCUCUUCGUUGCUGUCAUAAUGGACAACUUCGAGUACCUCACCCGAGAUUCCUCCAUCCUGGGCCCCCACCACCUGGAUGAGUACGUGCGUGUCUGGGCCGAGUAUGACCCUGCUGCCUGCGGCCGCAUUCACUAUAAGGACAUGUACAGUUUAUUGCGAGUAAUAUCGCCCCCUCUCGGCUUAGGCAAGAAAUGUCCUCAUAGGGUUGCUUGCAAGAGACUCCUGCGGAUGGACCUGCCUGUAGCAGAUGACAACACAGUGCACUUCAACUCCACCCUCAUGGCUCUGAUCCGAACAGCCCUGGAUAUCAAGAUUGCCAAGGGCGGGGCCGACAAGCAGCAGAUGGACGCAGAGCUCCGGAAGGAGAUGAUGGCCAUUUGGCCCAACCUGUCCCAGAAGACCCUGGAUCUGCUGGUCACACCUCACAAGUCCACGGAUCUGACUGUGGGUAAGAUCUACGCGGCCAUGAUGAUCAUGGAGUACUACCGGCAGAGCAAGGCCAAGAAGCUGCAGGCCAUGCGGGAGGAGCAGAACCGGACACCACUCAUGUUCCAGCGCAUGGAGCCUCCAUCACCAACACAGGAGGGAGGGCCCAGCCAGAACGCCCUUCCCUCCACUCAGCUGGACCCAGGAGGAGGCCUGAUGGCUCAAGAGAGCGGCAUGAAGGAGAGCCCGUCCUGGGUGACCCAGCGGGCCCAAGAGAUGUUCCAGAAGACUGGUACAUGGAGCCCAGAGCGAGGGCCACCCAGCGAUAUGCCUAACAGCCAGCCCAACUCGCAGUCUGUGGAGAUGCGAGAAAUGGGUACGGAUGGCUACUCAGACAGCGAACACUACCUCCCCAUGGAAGGCCAGGCCAGGGCCGCCUCCAUGCCCCGCCUCCCAGCAGAGAACCAGAGGAGAAGGGGCCGGCCACGUGGAAAUAACCUCAGUACCAUCUCUGAUACCAGCCCCAUGAAGCGCUCAGCCUCUGUGCUGGGACCCAAAGCCCGAAGACUGGAUGACUACUCACUGGAGCGGGUACCACCUGAGGAGAAUCAGCGGUACCACCAACGCCGCCGGGACCGGGAUCGGGAUCGGGACCGGGACCGGGACCGGGGCCAGGACCGGGACCGGGGCCACCGCACGUCCGAGCGCUCUCUGGGCCGCUACACUGAUGUGGACACAGGUCUGGGGACAGAUCUGAGCAUGACCACCCAAUCUGGUGACCUGCCCUCCAAAGAUCGGGACCAAGACCGGGGCCGGCCCAAGGACCGGAAGCAUCGGCCGCACCAUCACCACCACCACCACCACCACCACCCUCCGGCCCCCGACCGGGAGCGCUACGCACAGGAGCGGUCGGACACCGGCCGGGCGCGGGCCCGGGAGCAGCGCUGGUCCCGCUCGCCCAGCGAGGGUCGGGAGCACGCGACACACAGACAGGGCAGUAGUUCCGUCAGUGGAAGCCCAGCCCCCUCUACGUCCGGCACCAGCACGCCGCGGCGCGGCCGCCGCCAGCUCCCCCAGACCCCCUGCACCCCGCGGCCGCUCGUAUCCUACUCGCCCGCGCCGCGCCGGCCGCCGGCUCGCAGGCUCGCGGGUCCCGCGGCGCCCCCUGGCGGCUCGCCGAGGGGCUGCCGCCGCGCGCCUCGCUGGCCUGCGCAUGCGCCUGAGGGCCCGCGGCCGCGCGGCGCCGACUACACCGAGCCCGACGGCCCGCGCGAGCAGCCAGGGGGCGCGCACGAGCCCGCGCCGCGGUCGCCCAGGACUCCGCGCGCCGCGGGCUGCGCGUCACCGCGCCACGGCCGCAGGCUGCCCAACGGCUACUACGCGGGGCACGGCGCGCCGCGGCCGCGCACAGCCCGCAGGGGCGCGCACGACGCGUACAGCGAGAGCGAGGACGACUGGUGCUAAGCCGCCCCGCCUCCCCGCGGCGCCCGCACUGCGCGGGCGCGCGGCGAAUGACAAACAAUAACGUUUUUAAAAAAGAAAACCGGGGAGAAAAACAAAAAUAGCUUCUAUUGAUGAGUUUUAUCAUCUCGAUUGAAUCUUUCGUUUUCCCGGUGAACGAAACCGAGGUGGCUGCGAGCCGGAGGGGCGGCUGCACGCCCCACACACUUCUCAGACCCACGGGAGUGCUUGCGGGCCACGCCAAACUUAUUACUGCCUGCAGAGAUCAACUACGAGAAAUAACACUAACAGUUUUUAAAAGGACAAAAAAAAAAAAGAUUGAGAAAAACGGUUUUUUUUCUGACAUUUGGUCCUGCUCGAAAUAACAAAAGAAAAGAAAAAUUGACCAUCACCACCGAUUCCCUUGCUUCUUUUUUCCUUUAUCUUUUUAAAAACUUUUUUUUUCUUUUUUCCUAUCUUGUUUGAAAAACGUGGGCUUGGGACUGUGAAAUAUUGCAUGACAUUAAAAAGAACAAAAAAAAAAUAAUAAAAACGAAAAAACUUGAAUCCAAGGGCUUCUGAACUGGAGUGGUCUUUGUCCUUUGACCAAGAUGCCAUGCAAGUUACUCUUGGGAAGUGGAUGGAAGAGGGAGGCAGUUUGUUAGCUCCCAGAGAAACAGCGCAGAGUCCACAGGUACCAGGAACGACGGCCCUGGGUUCACUCCCAGCUAAGGGCAGCUGUGACUCCUUGAGAGGAUAGUCCCCUCAGAGGCUUCUCCUGGCUGUGCCCAGCCUCCGGUACCACCCACCUCUGUGUUAAGUGUUCUGCCCUGGCCUCUGGCUCCUUGAACCAAUUUCGUGAGGAGUUCUCAACCCGCCUCAGCCAUGGAGAAACGCUGGCGAGGUCAAAGAUGUGAACAGUCUGGAAGGAUUACGCCAGAGCAAUGAGUGGGGCCAGGAUU